GGGAGGGUAAACAGUACUGUGUUUCAGAGGGGAUAGCUAGGCCGCCUGUCUUUCUCUGACCCUAAUUCCAGAUGCAUUCAGCCACAUUAACCACAACUCCUGCAGCCUGGCUGGCUGAGGAACAUGACGGUCUACUGGAAUUGGAGGAUUCCCACUGAAUGAUAAAGAACCUCCUUGUUUACACUGCCACUUAGUGAUAUUUAUUUAUACUUUAUGUAUUUCUAUUCUAUUUCGAUUUUUAUUCAUUUUUUUCUGUGUUGUUAAUACUCCUGAAUAGACAUUCAAUCCAAAUGGAUCUGAGAGCUAAACACAGUCUGGGUCUUCUGGACCAGCUGAGGAAGAUGAGGGAGACAGAGAAGCUGACAGAUGUGGUGUUAGUGGCUGAGGGCAUCAGCUUCCCCUGCCACCGCGUGGUCCUCUCAGCUUUCAGCCCUUACUUCCGGGUUAUGUUCACCUGCGGCCUGCGGGAGUGUAGUACUAGGGAAGUGUUUUUGCGUGACACCCCAGCCGAUAGCCUGGGUCUAUUGUUAAACUACAUGUAUUGUUCUGAGCUCCCGCUCAACAACACCAAUGUACAGGGGGUCUCGGUCGCUGCCUUCCUCCUGCAGAUGGACGAGGUGUUCAACCACUGCCAGAGCCACAUGAGGGAGAACAUGGACGCCUCCAACUGCCUCGGGGUGUACUACUUUUCCCGCGACCUGGGAGCCGAGGAGCUGGCCGACCAUGCCCAGAGAUACUUGCGGACGCACUUCGUUCAGGUGUGUAUGAGCGAGGAGAUUCUGGAACUAGAGGCCCACCAACUGGGGGCGCUGCUGAGCUCCGACGACCUCAACGUGUCGCGGGAGGAGACCAUCCUGGACGUGGUGCUGCGCUGGGUCAGGCAGGACACUCCGGGGGAUGGGGUGGAGGACAGGCGGAGUAGACACCUGGUUGAGCUCCUGAGGAAGGUGCGUCUCGCCUUGGUGGCCCCUGACUACUUGAGGGAGGCUAUGAAGAGGAAUAUGUCUCUGUUGGCGGAUGCAGAGUGUCUGGAGAUGAUGGAGGGGGCACUGGAGGCCACAGGAAUGCAUCCGGCCUCCUCACCCCGUAAACUGAAGCUCCGCUAUGGGAUGGAGACCACGGAUCUGCUGCUCUGCAUCGGCAACGAGGGUGGAGGGAUCCGAUCACGCUAUGGAAAUUAUUCGGAACGUAGCUUCUGCUACGCUCCCUCCACGGGCCGCACCCACUACAUCACGUCCCCACGCUACGGAGACGUUCUGGGAUUCGUGUGUGCAGGGGUCGUCACCGAAGGCAACGAGAUUGUGGUGGCCGGGGAGGCAGGGGUGAGGAAAAUGGCCAGGCAGACGAACAGGAAUGUGGAGAUAUUCAGGCACAGGGUGGAGGCCCAGGGAACCUGGGAGCACCUGAGCUCAGCAGAGUACCGAGACUCGUACGCUCUGGGGGCGCUGGGUGAUACUAUUUACCUGCUGGGAGGCCAGAUGAAGCAGAAGAACCAGUACCUCAUCACCAACUCUGUGGAGCGCUGGUCCCUGCAGGGUGGGCCCUGGCAUAGCGCCGCCCCGCUACCCAUUCCGCUGGCCUAUCACAGCGUGGUCCGACUGAAGAACCGCCUCUACGUGCUCGGGGGUCGAACUCCACAGUCCUGGCGGAUGGACGACGAGCCAGACCGCUUGAGCAACCGUCUGCUGGAGUACGACCCUGAGACAAACAAGUGGACAGAGCUUGGUCCCAUGAAGUACUCCAAGUACCGCUGUGGUGCUGUGGCACUCAAUGGAGAGAUCUACGUGAUGGGAGGUAUCGGCUGUGAGGGGGUCGAUCAUGGGCAGUCCCGUCGUUGCCUUGAUGCUGUGGAAAUCUACAACCCUGAUGGAAACUUCUGGAGGGAUGGGCCUACUAUGCCUUCACCACAGCUAUCCCUACGCAGCAAUGCCUCCAACGCCGCGGUGGUGGGGGGCAAGCUUUAUGUCUGUGGAUACUACAAGGGGGCGGAUCGUCAUGAAGACAUAAUCAAGGACAUCCUGGAACUAGACCCGUGGGAGAACCGCUGGACCGUUGUGGCCCACCGCGUUCUGAUGCAUGAUGCCUACGACGUCUGCUUGGUGGCAAGCCUCAAUCCACGGGAGCUCAUGUCUCCCCCGGCAGACCUAGUAACUCAGUGACGUUCACCUGCCCUAAGGUCUAAUCUUCUUAGCUAAGAGUACCGUGGGCUACAAUUAUGUAUUCUGAAAGAUGAUCAUAUUGAGCAACAAGACCUUUCUUUCUGCUGCUGUGGGCCAGGAGUCAAAAUGCAGUAGUGCUGGCUAAUCCUGGUGGUGCUUGUUGACAGACAUUGCGCAGUUGGUGUUUAAAAGCCCUGACCUGAGUGGGGCACUGCACAAAAUAACACUCUACCCUUGUCUUGAACUGUAUAUGACCUACCGAGUUGCACAUUUAGAAGUAAACAUUGUAUCUGAAUAUCAUACCUUAGUGGGUUUUGUGACACUGAAAUAUAGCUUGUAAAUACAAUUGUUUUGCGAUUUAAUUUUUUAUGUUGCUGUAAAAUGCCUCUGCCUCAUCUUUGGAAUACUGGAAAGAAAACCAGACAGGUCCUUCACAAUCAAGUUAUUUUAUAUCAAUUUUCCAUUUUGCUCUUUACAUUUGUUCAAGAUUAUAUUUUUGUCAUGCAAAUAAGACUUACAUUAAAUUGAGUCUUUGCUCAGGCGUAAACAUGUGUUUGUGGAGCUAGUGUACUAGAAUUGCAGAAAGAGGUGAUGAGAGAGAGGAUUCUACACGUGGCACUGGCACGUGUUGGCUUAGUUAUGUGUUGCCCUUCUCCUGUAUGCCAACAGAAGAGAUGGCCCUUAAUUAAACGCUAUAAAAACCUCCAAAACCCCCAGUUAUACCGUCAUGUAGAAAGUUGUAUUGGUAAUAUAGCAGAAAGUGUAAUAAUGCCUGGCACCCUCGUGGUUGACUUUAACACCAUCAGACUUUUACUUAUAAAUAUGAUCUGACAAUUACUUUCCUCUUUUCAUCCCGUAUUCUUUUGUGGGCAUGAUUUCUGUUAUCCCACAAUUUGCCCCAAAAUGUACUCAGAAACAGUAGCUCAUUCAUUUGUAGUUUAAUCUUAAUGGGAAAGUCUGAUGUAACAUUAACAGUGUAAAGGGUUUUGAAAACACUAAAACACAAACAUAGGGAAUCGAUGAAAAAGUACAUUUUUGAUGGUGAAUUUUGUUGUCAAAACCAAUUACAUUGAGAUCAACCAAACACAACAACAGCUUGUCAAACCAACUCCCUCCUCAAUACCUCCCUACACUGACAUCCUGAUUCCCCUUCAGACAUCAGUCAGAAUCACAGUUCAUGUCAAACAGCUGCCAUAAGCCUCUGUUUCUCUCUGAGACAGCCUGGGGCUCAGGUGGCGAUGGGGUCUUUUCCCAGGCGGGCCUGGCGUUGUUCCCUGUGGAACCGCACACAGAGCUGUUACUUUCCUGGGACCACAAGCUGAAAGGGUUGCGAUAGCCUCCGGUGGCUUUGUUAGACUUCUUCUCUUUGUCCUGCUGUCGUUUCUGAGCUUCUGGUAUGAGUGUGUCCAUCUCCAUCCUGUUGGGAUCAUGCUGCUCCUUGCUAGUCGAUCCAGCUCCCUGCUUCCUUUGGUUUUUGAGGGGCUGUCGGUUCUCAUCCCCACCCCUGCCCACUAAUCGACCGUUACUCCUGGUCUGUCGUGGCAUUAGUGCCCUCCUCCUGCUUCUGAAUGGCUGUUUCCUCUGUCCCUGGCCUC